GACAUCAUCAAACACUAUAAAUCUAUCAAUAUUUAUUACUUGUGCUUUCAUUCCCCUCCCAUUACAAACCCUUCUCACCUAAAUUUCUUUCCUUUUAAUUCUUUCUUCCCAAUAUCUAUCAAUUUAAAUUACCCAAAUCUUUUCACCACACACACCAAUUUGGUCAUUGGGAUUUUGAUUCAUUUCAUGCAUGGCCUCCACCGCAAACAAGAGCAUCAACGCCAAACUGGUGCUUCUUGGAGAUGUUGGAGCCGGAAAGUCUAGUCUAGUUUUGCGUUUUGUGAAAGGGCAAUUUGUUGAAUUUCAGGAGUCAACUAUAGGUGCGGCAUUUUUUUCACAAACAGUUGCUGUGAAUGAUGCAACUGUAAAAUUUGAAAUAUGGGAUACAGCAGGUCAGGAGAGAUACCACAGCUUAGCUCCAAUGUAUUACAGAGGAGCUGCUGCAGCCAUAAUUGUAUAUGACAUAACAAACCAAGCAUCCUUUGAUCGGGCCAAAAAAUGGGUUCAAGAGCUUCAAACACAAGGUAACCCAAAUAUGGUUAUGGCACUUGCUGGGAAUAAAUCGGAUUUGUUGGAUGCAGAAAAGGUGGCAUCAGAGGAAGCACAAACUUAUGCACAGGAGAAUGGUCUUUUCUUCAUGGAAACUUCUGCAAAGACAGCAACUAAUGUCAAUGACUUAUUUUAUGAGAUAGCAAAGAGAUUGCCUCGUAUGCAGCCAGCAGCUUCAAACCCGUUAGGCAUGGUCCUAGUGGAUCGAUCCGCAGAGGGGGCAACAACUACUAGUGCUUCAUGUUGCUCAUAAAGUUGACGCAGACGUGUCAGUGGAGAUGAAUAUUAAAUGUGUAGUUAAAACAUGGCAUCAUGCUAUGUCCAUAAAAAUCUUGGGUGACUCAUGUACUGUACCGGUUCAUUUGUUGAGAUUUUGUACGGGAGUUGACUGUUGAGAGAGAGAUGGUGAAAUUAGGUUACUAUCAUUUUCAUCUUGUGUAAGUUACUGUGAUGUGAUUGUCCUAUUCAAGUCAACUGUUGUACGUUGUCGGAUUUAGUUUUACAAGUCAGAAAGUGUGUCUGGGUCAUUCCUACAGUUGGCGUUUUGAGGGGGGAAUAUUAAUCGAAAUUCAAUGAGAUAUUUCAUCA